AUGCAGCCAUUCAAGUACAAAUCAUUGCGCAAUGGAUACAUCAGGAUAUUCAUACUUAAAGGUAUUUCUGCGGGUCGCAUCCACGGGAAACUCUCUUCAGAAUCACUAGAGCAUGGAAAACACUCUUAUGACGCACUGUCUUAUGUCUGGGGAGAACGUAUCAGCCUGAACAAAAAUGAGCUGCUUAUUGAGGUCGACGGGUGCUCAAUACAAAUAUCUCCAAACUUACAUGAAGCUCUUUGCUACCUGUGUAAACAUGGGCAACAGCGGAGGCUUUGGAUCGACCAAAUCUGCAUCAAUCAGGACGAUAAUCGUGAAAGGUCAGAGCAGGUUAGCAAAAUGGGCUUAAUCUACGAAUACGCGAGGGCUGUUCAGAUACGCCUGGGACCAGCGGCGAAGUUUACAGGCGAGGGUAUGCAGAUUCUCGCGCACUUGGCUGCGGGCGAUGAAUGUGGUCCCACUCCGCUAAGCCCUUGGAAAGACUCUGGAUUCUCGGAGGGAGAAAAGCAAGGCCUCAAGGAUAUAUUUGAAAGGCCGUGGUUCAAAAGAAUGUGGGUUGUGCAAGAAGCUACCGUUUCUAGGCAAGCUAUAUUUAGUGUUGGGGAUUACGCAUUUCCAUGGGAUAGAUAUAGCGCUCUACGAUUUCUCAAGCGCCUGCAAUUUGCUGAGCUAAGCGUGCUGUGGCAAACACAAGUCAAAACCAGCAUGAGCAGCUUGGUGGAAGUUGUGGAAAGCGGCUUAUUACACUAUGAUUCCAAGCUGGGCAGCAGGCCCGACCUUCUCGACAGUAUGUAUAAAUAUCAGCAUCGACUGGCUACAGACCCAAGAGAUAUGAUCUUUUCGACCCUCGCACUGACGCGGUCGCUCGAUAAUUUUGAAGUGAAUUAUGCUGAAACUGUUGAUGAGACUUACGAGAGGCUUUACAGUUACAUCCGAAAGACUCACCGGAAUAUUUGGUCUGAUUAUGAAGUGCUGCAUGAAUAUGAUCCUACUUGGUACAAAGAGUUCAAGAAUGUCCUUCGCAAUGUGAAGACACGACCUAAUCUAACACCGCUUUCGAAUGAGCUUAUGGAAUGA